AUGGCAUUUCUGUGGCUUCUGUCCUGCCUUGCCCUAUUAGGGGGUAGCUAUGGCUGCGGUGUGCCAAGCAUCAAGCCAAUCGUUUCUGGUUACGCCAGGGUUGUGAAUGGUGAGAAUGCAGUUUCUGGUUCAUGGCCAUGGCAGGUGUCUCUGCAGGACAACACCGGAUUCCACUUCUGCGGCGGUUCUCUGAUCAACAGUCUCUGGGUCGUCACUGCUGCUCACUGUGGUGUCACAACCUCCCACCGUGUCAUUCUGGGGGAAUAUGACCGUUCCUCCAGUGCUGAACCUAUUCAGACCAAGACCAUUUCCAGGGUCUUCAGACACCCCAGCUACAGCUCCUUCACCACUGCCAAUGACAUCACUCUUCUGAAGCUCAGCAGUGCCGCUUCUUUCAAUAACCGUGUGGCUCCUGUGUGCAUCGCUGCUAGUGCUGAUGUAUUCAAUGGAGGAGAGAGAUGUGUUACCACCGGAUGGGGCUACGUCAAUGCUGCAACACAAACAACCCCAAGCAAACUGCAGCAGGUGUCUCUGCCUCUUCUGAGCAAUACCGAAUGUCAGAGAUUCUGGGGAACCAGGAUCCAGAACACCAUGAUCUGCGCUGGAGCAUCUGGAGCUUCCUCCUGCAUGGGUGACUCUGGUGGACCUCUUGUGUGCCAGAGAAAUGGAGCUUGGACCUUGGCUGGUAUUGUAUCCUGGGGAAGUUCUACUUGCGCUACAUCUUCUCCUGGAGUUUAUGCUAGAGUUACAGUCCUUAGAUCCUGGCUGGACCAGACCGUUGCUGCUAACUAAAUACUUACUGUGGUUAAUAAACAUUAAUGUCAAAUAAAAACUAGCUUCAUGUUUCUUCAUUUAUCCUGUUACAUUAUAAGAAAAAAACUAUUUUGUUUUACUUAGUUAAAGCAAAAGAUUACCCAUGUACAUAUACUAAUCAAAACAUCAGAGCUUAAUCACAACCAUAAAUACCUACAAGUCA